AUGGCUAGAUCGAAUUCGGAGGAUACCAAGGCGCGGGUUGUGCAGACUUACGAAGGUCAUCCGACAUACUCUUGUGCAAAGUGUUCUGCUGUUAUCAGCCUCCAAGAUGAACUCAUUAGCAAAGCCUUCUCUGGGAGAGACGGUCGAGGAUUUUUAAUGCAGUCAGCAACGAAUGUCAAGUUGGGAAAGCGGGAAGACCGUUCUCUCUUGACCGGAGUGCACACCGUCGCCGAUGUAUACUGCGUUGGAUGUGGCGAUAGACUGGGGUGGUUCUACCAUAAAGCCGCAGAUAACUCCCAGAAGUAUAAAGAAGGAAAGUACUUGCUGGAACGUGAAAGGCUGAUCAAAGAGAACAACUGGACUCUGGACGGGGAGUAG